AUACCUUCCAUCUCACCAUUCCCUUCCCAUCAGAGAUCAGACAAGAGCAGACAGCCACACACCACACGCACAGCCUCCGCAGCUGCAGGCGCCUGCUGCUCUCCGACGAGACCCCAAGAACUCGCCAACCUAGGCCAGCCACCCUUCUUCCCCUCUGCCGCAAUGACAAUGCUGGUCGCCGCCGCCUCCGUCAAGCCCUCCACCACCGCGGCUGCGGGCACCUGCAAGGCGCCCUUCAAGCCCCUCCGCCUCCCUCCCCUCCCCGCCGCCGCCGGCCUCAGGCCGCUCUCCCUCGCCGUCUCCGCGCGUCCGCUGUACCGCCAGGAGCAUGUCCUCUCAACCGUGGCGGUGGCGGCGGCGGCGGGCCGCAACGACCGCGCCACGUCCCCCGCGCCGCCGUCCGCCACCGCGGACGGCGCCCGGCCGGUCGAGGUCGCCGCCGCGCCCGCGGAGAACGCGCGGCGCGCCAAGAUCGGGGUCUACUUCGCCACGUGGUGGGCGCUGAACGUGAUCUUCAACAUCUACAACAAGAAGGUGCUCAACGCGUUCCCGUACCCGUGGCUCACGUCGACGCUCUCCCUCGCCGCCGGCUCCGCCAUCAUGCUCGCGUCCUGGGCCACCAGGAUCGCCGAGGCGCCCGAGACGGACCUUGAUUUCUGGAAGUCGCUCACUCCCGUUGCGAUCGCGCACACGAUCGGGCACGUCGCGGCGACGGUGAGCAUGGCUAAGGUGGCCGUGUCGUUCACGCACAUCAUCAAGAGCGGGGAGCCGGCAUUCAGCGUGCUCGUCUCCAGGUUCUUCCUCGGCGAGCACUUCCCGGCGCCGGUCUACUUCUCCCUCCUCCCGAUCAUCGGUGGAUGCGCGCUCUCCGCCGUCACCGAGCUCAAUUUCAACAUGGUUGGAUUCAUGGGGGCAAUGAUCUCGAACCUGGCAUUCGUCUUCCGGACUAUCUUCUCCAAGAAGGGGAUGAAGGGCAAGUCCGUCAGUGGGAUGAACUACUACGCCUGCCUCUCCAUCAUGUCGCUGGUGAUCCUCCUCCCCUUCGCCAUCGCCAUGGAGGGGCCCAAGGUGUGGGCAGCGGGCUGGCAGAACGCAGUCGCCGAGAUCGGUCCCAACUUCGUCUGGUGGGUGGCAGCGCAGAGCGUGUUCUACCACUUGUACAACCAAGUAUCCUACAUGUCGCUGGAUGAGAUCUCGCCGCUUACAUUCUCCAUUGGCAACACCAUGAAGAGGAUUUCUGUCAUUGUCGCCUCCAUCAUAAUCUUCCAAACGCCCGUCCAACCCAUCAACGCGCUCGGAGCCGCCAUCGCCAUUCUCGGAACCUUCAUCUACUCCCAGGCAAAGCAGUAACGCCUUGUCAAGACCACUGUUCCAGCUGCUGCCUGCUGCUGCAUGAGUAUUGCUGAGAAUAUGCAACUGUUGGAUGGCUGAAAGCUGCAGCUGCAACUAGCAGCCGAACAAGCACUAGAUGGCCUCAGUUCACCGUGAAUCAACUCGGUGCUCGAACAUAACAACUUAUGACUAUUGAGAAUAUCUACUAAGAACCCCUCUGUAUAAUAUUACUAGAUCCUCUUUUUUUGUAUUUUCUUUCCUAGGACUAGCUUCCAGUAUUCCUGAGCUCCUCAUUUCCUUGUGUUCUCAUUAUGACUAUGAUGGUGUAGAGAGAGAUGGAUCCAUCUAAAUAAAAGUGCAAGAUUUUUAUUUCU